AUGGCAUUGUUUAAGAGUCGAAACAGUAGGAGAUCAUCAUCACCAUCAUAUGUAUCAACCCUGGUAACAUUAGGAUUUAUAGCAUUAUGUGUUUUUGGUGUGUGGAUGCUAAACUCCAACUCUAGGCUUUCACCUGAAACAGGCGAAGAAGAGAGCACUGCCACGACCACACGAACAGCCGUUGAUACAUCCGAAACCAGAAACAAUGAUUUAUCUACCUCGGAUGAAACCACUGCCAAAAAAACUGAAGAAACGGUAGAAACCACCACCGUCGUUGUCCCCAAAACUGAAGAGCAAAAGGAGACUUCUACGGCCGUUUAUGGAGAUAAUCCCGGACAUCUACCUGAGGAUGCCAUUAAAUCUGAUGAUAAAAACACAAACAAUGAUCAAAACAAACAGCAAAGUGCUGUUACUGAUUCUCAGAUAUCGGAGGAAAGCUCGAUAAUGCAAAAAGAACAAGUGUCUGCAAUACAAGAACCUAAUUUAGAUGAGAAAGUUUCUGAGCCUGAGAAAGUUCAGCAAAGUAGCGUUGAAGCUGCUGAAGAAAACAAAAAGGAGGAAGAAGAGACUACCAAGCCUCAAGAUGUUACAGAAUCUAACGACGCGAAUGCGGCUGAAAGUCAAGAACAAAGCACGGGACAACAAAGUUUUGACACACAAGGGUCUAAAAACGAUGAAGAUGAAGCAAAUAAAGAACAAUUAAGAGAAGACAAAGGCGAGAAUGAAGAGAAACAGAUCUCUCAAAGCUCUAAGGUAGAAUCGGAGAUAAAUAAUGGAAAGCAAAGUGAAGGUGAAGAAACAGUGAAGCCAAAAGCAAAGAAAGGAGGACAUUCAAAGAAGACGUGGACAACGCAAGUAGAUCAAUCCCAAAACGAAAAAAAGAGACAGAAAGGCGAUGAAUCAGGAGGAAGUGAAGAGAAACAACAAGACUACAAGUGGAGUCUGUGUAAUGUUACCGCAGGUGCUGAUUAUAUCCCUUGUUUGGACAAUGAAAAAGCCAUUAAAAUGUUACAUUCGACAAAACACUUUGAACAUAGAGAAAGACAUUGUCCCGAGGAUGCACCUACUUGUCUGGUGCCACUUCCUGAAGGUUAUAAAACACCCAUCAGAUGGCCCAACAGCAGAGAUAAGAUAUGGUACCACAAUGUACCACAUGUGAUGCUGGCCGAGGUAAAGGGACAUCAAAAUUGGGUGAAGAUGACAGGUGAAUACCUGACAUUCCCAGGAGGUGGCACCCAAUUCAUUCAUGGAGCUUUACACUACAUUGAUUUUCUCCAACAGGCUGAAGCUGGUAUUGCAUGGGGAAAGCACACCAGGGUGAUUUUGGAUGUUGGCUGCGGAGUUGGAAGUUUUGGCGGUUACCUAUUUGAAAGAGAUGUUAUUGCAAUGUCUUUAGCACCGAAAGACGAACAUGAAGCACAAGUUCAAUUUGCACUUGAGAGAGGCAUUCCUGCCAUAUCUGCUGUUAUGGGUUCUCAAAGGCUGCCAUUCCCUAACGGUGUUUUUGAUCUCAUUCAUUGUGCGCGAUGUCGAGUACCUUGGCAUGCAGAAGGUGGCAAGCUGCUUUUGGAAUUGAAUCGAGUUUUGCGGCCAGGUGGCUAUUUUGCUUGGUCUGCUACUCCUGUAUACCAAAAGCUUGAAGAAGAUGUUGAGAUAUGGAAGGAAAUGACUUCACUAACUAAGGCCAUGUGUUGGGAGCUUGUAACUAUCAACAAGGAUAUACUAAACAAAGUUGGUGCUGCCAUUUACCGCAAACCUACAUCCAAUGAAUGUUACGAGCAAAGAGAGAAAAACGAACCUCCGCUAUGCAAGGAUGAUGAUGAUCCAAAUGCUGCCUGGUAUGUACCUCUGCAGGCAUGCAUGCAUAAGGUGCCCACAAACAAGGCUGAGAGAGGAACCAAAUGGCCUGAAGUUUGGCCUCAACGAGUGCAAAAAGCCCCAUAUUGGUUAAACAACUCACAGGUGGGGAUCUAUGGAAAACCAGCUUCUAAAGAUUUUGUAGAAGACACUGAACGUUGGAAGAACGUGAUGGACGAGCUGACCAACAUUGGUGUAACUUGGGCUAACGUGAGAAAUGUCAUGGACAUGAGAGCUGUCUAUGGAGGAUUUGCAGCAGCACUGAGGGAACUUCCAAUUUGGGUGUUCAAUAUAGUGAACAUAGAUGCUCCUGACACACUACCAAUAAUCUAUGAGAGGGGUCUUUUUGGGAUAUACCAUGACUGGUGUGAAUCAUUCAGCACGUAUCCACGAUCUUACGAUCUACUUCACGCAGAUAAACUUUUCUCCAAGAUUAAAGAGAGGUGCAAACUUGUUCCUGUUAUUGCAGAGGUUGAUAGAAUAAUGAGACCGGGAGGGACAUUGGUUGUUCGUGAUGAACCUAGCAUCAUCAGCGAAGUGGAGACUUUGUUAAAAUCUCUACAUUGGGAAAUAAUCUACUCCAAAGAACAAGAAAGUUUGCUCUCUGCAAGGAAAGGAACUUGGAGGCCUAUUACCAUAGCUUCUUCCUGA